UUGCCGGGUAAUCUACCAGCUGGGUGAAUGUCGUGAACGCUCGCUGUUGGUCCCAGUCUUCCUGCACUCUCUUUUAAUAACUGGAUGGGGGAUUUACUCGGAGUUGCUUGAAUGAGCUGUUGGGUGGAAUAGGACUACAAGAGAGGACCUGAGGAAUUACCAGCCAAACUAACCAGGAUGUAACUAACCGCAAACCAGAAUGUCAAGUGGAACAAAAGAGACUUCUUGUUGUUAUUCGCUUCAGUGCCCGAGUCUCAGCGGACCGAACUAACCAGCAGCUAAACCGGCUAACGCUAGCUACAUUACGGCUUGAACCAUCUCUGUUUGCUUGUUUGGUGAGUGGAUCUUGUUGGCGUUUACUCGCCAUGGCAGCAGUGGUUAGCUACUCUCCACCAUGGUGGGUGAACCUUCUGCACAGGCUUCCACAUUUCAACUUAAAGUUCGAGCAAACAAGCAGUGAUUUCCAACCUGAGGACUGGACAUAUCAACAGUCCAUCCUGUUACUGGGAGGUGUGGCGCUCGCCUGUCUGGCCCUGGACCUCCUGUUCCUGUUCUUCUAUUCCAUUUGUCUUUGCUGCCGGCGGAAUAAAAAUGAGGAGCAGCCCAGCGCUGACUGCUGCUGCACAGCCUGGUGUGUCAUCAUUGCAACACUUGUCUGCAGUGCUGGCAUUGCUGUCGGUUUCUAUGGGAACGGCGAGACUUGUGAUGGAGUGAAUCGGCUGACGUAUUCCCUGCGCCAUGCUAACCGCACAAUCACUGGGGUGCAGAAGCUGGUAUAUGAUAGUACAUCCUCAUUGAACCGUACAGUAGACGACAAUCUGCUACAGCUUGAGGGCCAGUAUGCGCAGCACGCAGACUACCUGUCCAUCAUCCAAAAGCUGCAGGGCCAGCUGGACGAGCUGGUCAGGCAGAUGGUGGAGAUUCCCUUCUGGGACAACACCAACAUCUCCUUGGAGGAGCUGGCCGUCAAGAUUGAGCUGUAUGACUGGUACAGGUGGCUAGGCUACAUAGGCCUGCUACUGUUCGAUGUCCUCAUCUGCCUUCUGGUGCUGUUUGGCCUCAUUCGCAACUCCAAGGGAACGCUUAUAGGGGUGUGCUUAUUUGGUGUAGUGGCUCUGGUAAUCAGCUGGGUCUCCCUGGGGAUGGAGUUGGCCAUCUCUGCAACCUCCAGUGAUUUCUGUGUUGCCCCUGACACAUAUGUCACCAAAGUGUCAAACCAGUAUGGAGUCAUCAAUCAAGAUAUCCUGAAGUACUACCUUAGUUGCAGUUUGGAACAAACCAACCCCUUCCAGCAGAAGCUUUCCGGGAGCCACAAAGCAUUAGUGGAGAUGCAGGAUGACGUGUCUGAACUGCUGCGCUCUGCCACCAGAGAGUACAAAGAAACUAAGGGAAAUUUGGAAGAGAUCCAGGGGAUUCUGAACACCACGGAGAUCAGUCUGCAUCAGCUCACGGCCCUGGUGGACUGUCGCAGCCUGCACAUGGACUAUGUCCAGGCCAUGACGGGGCUGUGUUAUGACGGACUGGAAGGCCUCAUCUACCUCGUGCUUUUCUCCUUUGUCACUGCUCUCAUGUUCAGCUCGAUUGUUUGCAGUGUGCCUCACACCUGGCACGCUAAGAGGAGCGACGAGGACAGUGAGGAUGAGUCUCUGAGCCACGGGGGAAGACAAAACCAUGAUAACCUGUACCGCGUCCACAUGCCCAGCCUGUACAGCUGUGGCAGCAGCUACGGCAGCGAGACCUCCAUCCCAGCUGCCGCCCACACCGUCAGCAACGCACCUGUAACUGAGUACAUGGCUCAGAACGCCAACUUUCAGACCUCGCGCUGUGAAAACACGCCUCUGAUAGGACGAGAGUCUCCUCCCCCCUCGUACACCUCCAGCAUGCGGGCCAAGUACCUGGCCAACAGCCGACCAGAUCCCAAUAACCCUCCAGCAGCACAUUAGACAACACUGUACUCAUUGCGUCUACAGCACUGACGUCGCUGAGAUCUGUCGGCCAUUAUUUCUCAUGCCUUUCAGUCGCUCCUCCGCCUGCUUUCCUCCACCUUCUCACUCCACUUAAAUGGAAAACCAAAUGAUCUUUUGCUGAUUGGUUGAAGCAGAACUUAAGGACGUCCUGCGGAUCAUCAGAUCUCAUCUCAUUAGUCAGGACAUGCUUUUUCUCCAGUUUCAGUGACCUUUUUUUUUUUUAUUUUUAUUUUUAUCAUCACUAGAUUCAUCAUUGGUGCUGGAGUUCACCUGCCACUAUGAUGUGACUUUUACGCUCUUAAAUUUCUUUACACAUGAAUGCACCACGACAUACACGGUGUCACAUCUAAUAAGGCAUUGCAGUGUUGAGGACUCUGGAAGUGCUCAUAGCCUAACACUGAUUACUACUGGUUUUGUUGAAGUACUGUACUGCACUCUCUCAUCGCUGGGGGGGUGGGGGUGAAAAACCUUACACAUAAAUAUGAGAGGAAUCAACUGGUUUCUUCCCAACGGAAGUGUAGACAUUAUCUCUCACAUAGCACACUCAAGAAAGAUCAAACUUGUCGUAGAAUAGAUUCACUUAACGGUGCGACAUCUCAGUCCCUCAGGUUUUCUGUCUGCUUGUGGAACUUGAAAUGCAGGUCUGCUAUGUUUGAGUCAACCAGUAAGAAUUUGCAUUAUUCUCCAGUUAAUGUCGGCAUACUGUAAAUUGCACAUGCACAUUGGCAGUUUCUUUUGUUGUGUUUUGUGUUAAAUCAAAUGUCUGGGACCAGUUUUCCUGCAGUAUUGCAUGUCUUACAGGUCUGAAACUGAAAUCUUUUUCCUCCUUGGGACACUGUUCUUUCCUGUCCUGGCAUUUCUGUUUGGUAUGUUUUUUUUUGUUUGUUUGUUUUUUUUUUUGCACACUGAUGAGCCACUAUUCCACAGCAGUGACUGUAACUUGUAAGCCUGUGAACUUGAUUCUGGCACAUGCUCUCAGAGGAUUUGAUAAGGACAAAGAUGAGCUGCAAGAUGGAAAUGCAGCUGUUUGACAAGAAGGGUCACAGCGGGAUGAUGAUGAUGUUCACCCCCACCCCACAAAAAAAACUAAACAAACAAGAGUGUGACAUAGAAGAUGCAUUUUUAUACCACUGGAAGCAGAAACUUUUUUUACAGCCCUGUGAAGACUAUAAUGAAGCAGAGGAGGACUGAGUUGUGCGUGAUGUCUCCUGCAGCAUUAAUCCGAACUUUGUACGAUAAUUUGCCUCUUCACCAGACUGCUAGUUAUUCUCUACGUGUUCUUGUAAAGUUGUAAAACCUCAUCUCUCCUUAACAGAACUGGGAGUUGUCCACAGACAUACACAUCCUUGACUCUGAUCUUAGUGCAGAGGUUUAACAGUUCACUGACACCAAGAAUCUUAAUGCAAGUUUAUGUGAAAAAAAAUGCAUAUCGCAGUUUCUAGGAAAGUUUAAAAGAGAAACUUUAUGCAUUGGCGGUGCAGUGUCUCCCAAAUGUGUUUUAGCAUUUAUAACAAAAGUAGAUACGUGUGAGUGGAUGCUGUGAAGGGAUUGUGUUAACUCUGACAAUUUCCAGAUUAUAGAGAAAGCAAAGGAAAUCGGACUUUCCUGUUGAAGCAUGACGAUCAUUCACACACCUGUGAGUGAGAUACUUCUGCAGCUUCAGCUUCAACUUGCUCUUAAAUGUGCAUUUUGACCUGUACAUGAGGUGAUUUUUGAGACUGUGCCAACAAGUGAAGCACAACUCUUUUACUAUCUGAAUAUCUUUUUAAAUGUGUCUACUUUGGGCCAGUUUGUAAAGUUGACAGCACCUGGUUCUCAAAUGAGAAAAAUGAGCCUGACUUUUUUCAAAUCAUUUAUGCUCUGUAAAACAAUAUUACACUGAUGCAAUCUUUCUGUUUCGGGUAGUAGUCAUAUUCUCUUUGUCGUUUGUAAUGUGAGGCUGUUGUUCAGAUUAUAAACAUGAAAGAAAAAAAUGCCUGAAAUUGACCUUUCAUUUUUAAUUUCUUAAAGCUUAUUUCACUCUUUUUUUUUUUCUUUUCUUUUUUAAAUAAAACAAAAAAAACCAAACAAUUUUCUAUUUGAGUUGCUCAUAGGUUGGUGUUUUUUUCAUUUUAGAGCACAAUGUGUUGCUUCUUUAAUGUGAAUAUGAUAAAUAGAUUUAAAUGUUUCAUUAUGCUUUUUUGGGGGGAGGGGGUCACCAUAGAUAUAAUCUUGUUUUUUUUUAUAUACAUCUUUUUUGCAUUGCUCUAGAAUGUGUACAUGUAAAACCUGUGGUUAUAUUGUGCUUGAAUGCUGUGUUUUGAAAUUAAACAAACCUUAACUGUA